GUAGCUUUUCGGGGAUUGAAAAUCUGCUGAGUUCCAAGGAGAGUGGUGUUUGCAGCACAAUCUUCCAUCAUCUGUGCUUUUUCCAUCGCAUCCAUCCACAAUGGAGGUGGAAUACAGCAUAGGAGUGAAUAAUCGCUUCGGUGCGUUAAAUUUAGAUGAGGAAGAUCCUGAAGAAACUCUGCAAAAGCAGGAGAAAAAGGAGGAGUCGGCCAAGAAAGACAAGGCCAAGAAACAAGACAAAAAAGCUGUUAAACAGCCCGUCAAGGAAACGAAACCAGCCGUUAGCAGGAAGGACAAUGUAAACGAGGAAUCGAAGAGGGAAGAGAGAACAGAUAGCAGACGUGGUGGUCGCGGUAAAAGCGAUGUCAGAAGAGAAAACGAGAAAAAUACUCGUUUAGCAAACGGUCCAAGCGAGAGAAGAGACCGAGAUGAGAACGCUCCAAGGGAAAGGCGAGGUGGUGGAUUCGGCGGUGGAUUUAAUCGCAGAAGAGAAGGUUCCCAAGGGGAUCCUGACUCCCCAGAUAAGGAGGGAGCCGAUAGGGAGAGAGGUGGCUUCGACAGGGGAAGAGGCGGAGGCCGUGGAGGCCGAGGUGGUGGUGGUGGAAGAGGCCGUGGAGGAUUUGGUCCGCGUGGUGGUGGUGGCGGCGGCGGCGGCGGUGGUGGUGGUGGUGGCUUCGGCAGGAAGCGAGAAUUCGAAAGAAGAAGUGGCAGCGAUCGCUCGGGCCCCCGACUGGACAAUUCAAGUCGUGGGGACAGAAGUUCUGUGAAGCCACAAGACAAGCGUGAUGGAGGAGGACAGUAUAACUGGGGAAGUCCAACGGAAGGCUCAGGUCAAGAUGCAGAAGUCUUUCCUCAGCCUGAGGUGACGGAUUGGGCAGAAGCUUCCCCAGAUCCAGACAUCGUCAAGGAAACUGUGGAUGAUGCUCAAGGAGAAGAUAAAGAAAAUGAAGAGACGAAAGAGGAAGAACCGCCUAAAGAAAUGACUUUAGAUGAGUGGAAACAGAUGCAAGAAAAAGAAAGAGUUAAAGCAACAUUUGAACUUCGCAAACCUGGAGAAGGCGAGAAAAAGGGGAUGUGGAAAGAUACAAAGGUCCUCAAGAAAACUGAAGAUGAGGAUGAUGAACAGUUUGCAGCCAGAAGAGUCAUAGAGGAAAAAAUUAAGACAUCUGGCCGUGUCAAGCAGACGGUCAAUAUCCAGGUAGAUUUCAAAGGCAACAAUGAACCAAGGAGAGGCCGUGGGGGCAGUCGUGGUGGAAGAGGUGAAAGAGGAAGUCGCGGUGGCCGAGGUGGCAGGGGAAGAGGUCGUGGUGGAUAUAGUGGCGGAUUUAGCAGUGGUCGUGCUGAUUCUGAAGAUAGUGCUGCAAACUUUGCCUUGAAUUCUGAGGAAUUCCCCACUCUUGGUUAACAGACCAGUUGUGGAAAAAAAA